AUGGGAACUGAUGGCAGUGGAGUGGUAGAGACAUUGCCAAAUCCUUGCUCCUUUAAGGUACAUCGUGCAAUGUGCACGGAACUGAGGAAAUUAGUUGCUAGAGUCUUGCGGAUAAUUCCACGUAUAGAAGAAGCACGCCCUUGCGGAAUGCAGGCUCUGUGUUUGCUCAACAUUGCAAUUGAUACAGCCGCACAACUCCUGCUGUACUGCUCCGAAUCUAGUAAACUCUACCUGGCAUUGACAGGGGAUUCCAUACUCUCGAAAUGCAAGAAGGCGAGAAAAUCAAUAGUAAAAAACUUAGUCCAGAUUCUGAAUAUGGUUCCGGUGAUGUUGGCUGCAGAGAUUUCGGGACUAAUUGGUGAUCUCGAGUGUGUUACAUUUGUCCUUGACUCAGCUGAAGAAGCAGCUGGGAAGGUUGUGAACCAAUUGCUCCAGCAAGAUUCUUCAACAUCGGAUAAAGAUUCAUCGGAAGCGUCUGAAAUAAAACAUUUCCAGUUUGUAGCAGCAAGACUUGGUAUUACAUCCCAAUCGGCCAUCUUAAUGGAGAAACGAUCUAUUCAAAAGUUGCUAAAAAAAGUCAAACCUGAUGAACAGACAAAAAAUAUUGUCUUGAACAAUCUUUUGUUUCUCCUGCUAAAGUACACAAAAUCAAUCACGGGAGAAGAAAUGGUGGCCUAUUCUCAAAGUGAAGGACCAAUCGCAACUGCGAACUCAGUUCAUGAGUCUCAAAGAAUCCAUCAUGUCAGGUCAGACCAAUACUUGAAUCAUGAUCAGUAUAGAACUCAUGCCAAUGACUUGGGCAGACUUACACCUCCUGAGGAAUAUACAUGCCCAAUAUCUUUAAGGUUGAUGUAUGACCCUGUUGUCAUUGCAUCAGGGGAAACAUAUGAAAGGAUGUGGAUACAAAAGUGGUUUGAUGAGGGUAAUAUUGUAUGCCCAAAAACUAAAAAGAAACUGGAUCAUAUGGCACUGACUCCAAAUGUUGCCUUCAGGGACCUAAUAUUAAAGUGGUGUGAAACUAAUGGAGUCUCCAUUCCUGACCCGAGUAAACAAGUGCAAUAUUUGCACUCAUGGGAAUCUUCCUCCAAUUCCAUUAGGAGUUUUGGAAGUUCUUUGUAUGAUUUAAACUUCCAAAUGGAUCUUAGUAACAUGUCAGUUGGAUCGUUAGAGACCAGUUAUAAUUCAGAUUCCUCCCAUUCUAAUGUCAAUAAUGGAUUAAAUUUGAUAGUGAACAAGACCAGUGACAAUUCACAAAGGCAUCAAUCUCGUGCACAGAUUCAUGACAUUGAUCUCAUGCAUUUGUCUAAACUCCACGAACGUCAAUGGGAAUCUCAAUGCCAACUGAUUGAAGAUAUGAGAAUAGAUUUCAAAUGCAAUAACCAUGCUUUUUGCUCUGUGCCAUCUGAGAAUUUCGUUGACCCACUCACGAGAUUUCUGAGCACUGCAUGUGAGAGGCAUGAUGUAAAAGCUCUGAGAUCUGGAACUAAAUUGCUAUUAGAAUUUAUGAAGUGCUGCAGAAAUGGUAUGACCAAUUUAAGAGAAGAUACAUGCAUUAUGUUGGCAAGUCUUCUUAACACAGAAGUGAUUGGUGAAGCUCUUACUAUAAUGGAAGAAUUGACAGGAAAUUGGUAUGAGAAAGCUAACAUUGCAGCUUCCACUGUACUCGCCUCUGUUUUAAACAUCCUUGAUUUGGGUAACGAAGAGUUCCAACGAAAAGCUAUUAAAAUAAUGCAUAAUUUUUCAUCCAAUAGUCAAAUUUGUCCCUACAUGGUAUCUCUAGGGUGCAUCCCAAAAUUACUGCCAUUUUUUGAGGACAAAACCCUUUUGAGAGACUGUAUACAUAUUUUGAAAAACCUUUGUGAUACUGAAGAGGGCAGGGUUACUGUGGUUGAAACAAAAGGAUGCAUAUUUUCUGUUGUUGAAAUACUUGGGACUGGCAGUGAUGAGGAAAAAGAACCCGCCCUCGUUAUUCUACUCGCUUUAUGUUCUCAACGUGUGGAAUACUGUCAGUUGGUUAUGGAUGAGGGGAUUAUUCCUUCUCUUGUCAACAUCUCCAAUUCAGGAAGUGAUAUGGCAAAGGCUUAUGCUUUUGAACUACUCCGUCUUUUGAAGGAAGAUAGAGAGUUUGAGAAUGAAGACUAUUAUGAGGCAAAUCCCAAUGCCUCUCAAGAAUCUACCAAUCGCUGUCAAGAAAAGAAAUCAUCAAAGAAGCCUUCAAUUUUGAAGAGAUUGACAGCCUUCUCAAAAUCCAGUUCAGUUUCACCCAAAAAAAGAGAUGAAAAAUGA